AUGAAUAAGAAGAGAAUAAUUUUGGUAGGCAUAUAUUUGGCAUCCUUAGCCAAUGCAAUUGUAUUUACUGUCAUCAUCCCAUUCGCUAGCAAGAUGGUCAUAUCAUUUGGUAUGACUAAUAGCCGCUCAACAACAGGUACCUGAGUAGGAAUUAUCACAUUUUCUCUUAUGAUAGGUAGAACAAUAACCUCACCUUUUUGAGGCUGAAUAUGUGAUAAAUGAGGCCGAAGACCAGUUAUCCUUAUUGGAAUUGCAUCUAUCACUGUAUUUUCAUUGCUUUUUGGAUUUUCUCGAAAUAUUUAUUGGGCUAUGAUGUGCAGGUUCUUAUUAGGAGUCUUUACACCACUUGCAAUUGUAAUUAUCCUUAAAUAAAUAAUAAAGAUAAUUAAUCUCUAUAAAUUCCUGUCAAUUUUAAUGCAAAACUGAACAGAUAAUUUUAAUUUUUAUAUAUUUUUUUUACUAAAAUACAUAAAACUCUAUUGUCUGAAAUUUGUCCAGGUGAUGAGCAGCCGAAUGCGAUGGCUUGGCAAACACUUUUAUGGCAAAUUGGAAUGGUGUCAGGAAAUGUCAUUGGAGGUCUAUUAGAAGACCCUAAAUCGUCUGGACUUAUAGACUCAGGAAUUUUCGUAGACUACCCAUUCUUGCUUCCGAAUUUUGUGGCUGCUUUAAUGGGUUUAUGCGCUUUCUUAAUGGUUUAUCCAUUUCUCGAAGAAACUUUGGACAAAUCUGAUAUGAAAGAUUCGCUGAUUGGCCAAGAAGGAAGGAGUUUUAUGCAGAUUGCUGCUGAUCCUUUGGUAAGUAAAGUAUUAGGAGUAUAUACAAUUUUAUCUAAUAACUCAACGGCUAUGCAUGAGCUUGUUUCAUUAUAUUUAUAUGCGGACAUUGUAAAUGGAGGUUACAUGUCAAAUGACUGUGCUUUACAAUGCGACAUUUCUGAGGGGAAAAUUUGUCCGAAGCAUUUUUGAUAGCGAGACUUUUGACCCAAAAAAUCGUUAAUUAUCAGCCAAGUAUAUGCUAUUUAAAAAUUUUCAGCCAAGUUUUAUAUUCGAUAAAUUGCCAACUAUUAAAACGUACACAAUCGUUGGACUUGCGCCUGUAAAUGGAGGAUUCUCAAUGGAUCCUGAUGAGAUUGGGCUUCUGCUGGCAGCAAGUGCAAUUUCAUUAGUCUUUUUCCAGAAACUCAUAUUUUCUUCUUUUAUUAUACUUUAUAUAGCUAAAUUCUACUAUAAAUAUAUUUUUCAGAAUUAAAAAAACCCAAUUAUUUCAUUCUAAUAUUUUACCUUUAUGAGGCAUAGUCGGUAUGGACUGGUCAAGACCUCUAAUAUGACAACAUUUUUGGCAUAAUUAAAUAUGGCGUCUCAAACUUGGGUCUGGCCUUUCGGCCAGACAGUUUCGAGCCUAUUUAAUUAUAUCCGGCAAGGUUUUGCCUAGCUAGAGAUGGACAGCAACAUCAGGUAAGCAAUUCUGGCAGUGUACAGAGCCUGAUCCCAGUCCGUUCUCGGGUUAGGAUUUUACCUCGAGGGAAAAGGAGGCUUGGAGUUGGAAAGGGGAAGCCCAGCAAUGCCUACAGGUAAUUACUAGGCUGUUCGGGCAAGUCUCUAGUGAGAAACCGGGAGUUUCGCCCCGGGCUGCAAGUUUUCCUUUUUUGCCGAAAGUCGGCCAGAAAUUCCAUUAUUUUUGGAAUUUCUCAGCAGGCAACCUUCGUUACAGAGAAAGUAGCUCAUUCAUGAGCCGUCGAAGCCGGAACAUCGCGCAGGAGGCGCACGUUGGAGAUCAAAGCUAGCUGUCCCAGCAACUAGUGGGCCCCGAGCGACGAGAGCGUGGUGGUAGUCCUGGAAGAGCAACCCCGUAGGAGACGUUAAAUGUGAUGGUUAAUAAGUUAAGUUAAAACAACAUUUUUGGCUGUCCCAAUUCUUCUAAUCAUACCAAUCUCAAGCUGAUUUAGAAACACAACAUUACUCAAAUGAUUUAUUUUGGCGUUAUUUAAUAUCAUUUGAAUUACCGUGAAUUUUAUAUCAUUUACAUCAGUAAGUUGCAUGUCAAAUAAUUCAGUAGUAAACAAAGAGAGAGGAAGAAUGAAUGGACUUUUUAUGACUGUAGGCUCUUUAGCUAGGUCUAUCGCUCCUUUGCUAUUUGGGUGAACUUUUGCAACGACAGUCGAAAGUGGUUGAAUUUUCCCUUUUAAUUAUGCCUUUUCGUUUUACCUUUUAGCUGCGGGAUCUGUAGCUAUGUGGAUAAUAUGCAAAAUGAUACCAGAGUCAUUAAAUGGACCAAAAGUAGAAGAAUCAAUAGCCCAUUAUACACAAAUGAGUAUUAUUAAUAAAGCAUAA